AUGGUAAGUUAUCCACUUUAUAUUUUUCCUGCUGUUGCCGAAUCAGCUCCAGUUCUUCGUGAGCCCAUGGAUUUAAUGACAGCUUUGCAGCUGGUGUUGAAGAAGUCAUUGGCCCAUGAUGGACUUGUUCGUGGACUUCAUGAGGGUGCAAAGGCAAUCGAGAAGCAUGCUGCUCAGCUUUGCAUUCUAGCUGAGGGCUGCGACCAAGCUGGCUAUGUCAAACUGGUUAAGGCACUGUGCAGGGAACAUAACGUGCACUUGGUAAUUGUGCCAAGUGCCAAAACUCUAGGCGAGUGGGCUGGGCUUUGCAAGAUCGAUUCAGAGGGCAAAACAAGGAAAGUGGUGGGAUGCUCGUGUUGUUGUGAGGGUAAAGAAAAAUCUAUCAUCAAAUUUCUUAAUAGAAACUUAACUGCAUUCCAUUUUCAUUUCUGGCAGGAUUAUGGUGAAGAAUCCGAGGCCCUUCACAUAGUUCAGGAAUAUGUCAAGUACAUUAAGUAUUGA